AUGGAACAAGAUGAAGCUUUAUCCAUAUUCAAUGAUUUUAAAGAGAUCUUACAAUCUGAAGUUUAUGUUGAUCUUGAAAGAUUACGACUAUUAGCUAGACAUGGCAUUCCAAACGAAUUACGUGGGCAAGUUUGGAAAUAUCUUCUUGGAGUAGAACAAGCAGAUCGAUCCAAAGAACUCACUAGUUCAAAAGCAAGACAUGAAGAAUAUGAACAAAUGGAUAAAGAAGAUUCAGAAAUAGCAAAAAAGAUUAGAGGAGAAGUAUAUCGAUUUCAAGCACGAACACCUGAAUUAGCAGGAAAACAUUAUGUAGAUAAAUUUGUGAAUAUUAUAACUGCUUAUUUAAUUGCAAAUCGAGAUGUUGAAUAUUAUCCUGCUCUUAUUACUUUAUGUGCACCAUUCAUAUAUGCUCUUGAUAAAGAAUGUGACGCUUAUUUUUGCUUUGAACGACUUUUACAAACGAUUGAAGAAGAAGUUAAUUUAAAUGAAUUUACAACUUCUUGGUUACAGUAUUUAUUAUCAAAAGAAUUAAAAUUUCAAAAUUUAAUUAGAUUAUGGGAUGCAUACUUUUCUAUACCUGAUCCAUUAGAAUUUCAUCCAUUUGUUUGUCUUGCGAUAUUAAGACAUGCAAGAGAAAAUUUGGAAGAUCUUGAACAGUCUGAGAUUAGGACAAUGUUACUUCGUCUUCCAUUUAUGGAUAUGCGACCAAUACUUGCUGAUGCAUACAAUCUGCGGAAUGAAACAAUAGAAAGACAAUUAUUUGAAGAAAGUGAAAUGCUAUAAAAAAAUCUACAUGUUGUAUAAAAGUUUACUUUAUUAACUGGGAUCUUCCUCCUUCUAUUAUUUUGUGUAACUGUUACAAUAUAAUUUGUGCCUACCAUGUCCUAUUGCUGAAUUCGACCAAAUAAAAACUAAUACUUGUGCAUUGAUAUUUUUACAUCCAUGAUAAAAAGACUUUGCCCUCCUUUUUUUUUCUUAACGCUAACAAGCAAAAAAUAGAUCAAGACAUUAUGCCAUACUCCAUAAAAGCAGUAGUAUAAGUUGUAUACGAAGAAAUGUGUAUAAUAAAAAAAAGUUCUUGUAUAUUUUUAUCCGGAGUAAAGGAUAGACUCUCAUUAUAGAAUACUUGUAUGUCUUUUAUCAACUUGAAA